AUGGCCGAAGGCAACACCAACUUGAAGCCAUCUAAUCCCUGGUCUCCCUUCUAUCUGGCAGGGUCUGAUAGUUCAGGGGUCAUGCUCACAGCGGUGUUGCUUCGAGGGGAAGCUAAUUACGAUAAUUGGGCCAAGCUCAUGAAAAACGCACUCAAAGCUAAGAAUAAGCUCGGUUUUGUAACUGGAGUUUUGAAGAAACCCGAAAGGGAGACUGGAGAAGAAUGGCGAGCAUGGGAAAUGUGCAAUUCCAUGAUCAAUGGGUGGAUUCAUAACACCAUUGAUCCAAAGCUUCAACCAUUUAUUAAAUGUUUCGAUCAAGUGAAGGAUCUCUGGGAAGACUUGAAGGAGAGAUGUGCAAUGCAGAAUUUUCCCAGACACUAUCAACUCAGGGCCAGUCUAGCAACCAUCCGACAACAAGGUAGCACUGUAGGCGAGUACUAUAGGAAGCUACGGGCCAUCUGGGACGAGCUUGAAGCCAGCAAAACAUACAGGUCAUGUGUAUGUGGUGAUAACUGCUUUCAUGCCAAGGACGUUAGCGAUGACAGUGAGGACGUUCGGGUGUAUUAA